UCCAGAAAUUCAAAAGGUAUGUGGAAGAGGUCUUAUAUCUCAAGACGAGGCUGACUCAAAACAACGAACCAAAAUUGUAUUACGAACUGUUGAUAAAUUAUUUAAUAAUCGAAUUUUACCAGAAGAAGGUGAUGCUAAAUUUGCCGAUAUCUGGCCUACUGAGAAUAUAUGGGGGAUUCUAAAGGAAAAAGUACAAGGCGAACAAUUUUCAAGUUUUGAACGGCUAAAAAAAAGAUUGAACGAAGAAUGGAAAAAGAUAACUUUUGAUGAUUGUAAAAAGUUGAUUGAUAAAAUUCCUAAUAGACUCGGCGAAGUGAUUAAAAAUGGUGGAGAACAGAUACAAGACAGUUAA